UCUUCACCCCUUCCACAUCCAACAUCCAAGUCGCCUUCAGACUCCCACACUCUUUUUAAAAACUCGAGGCUCAGCCCAGUUCAAAAACCCAGCCCACUCGGCAACCUUCCACUCUUUUAUUAAGUCGCUCUCUUCUCGACACCUCGUCGUCCCACCCUCCCACAACUCCUAAUUCCAGUCCACGGAAAGACAAACAACAGCCAAAAUGCGCUCGACUACCAUCUUCGCUUCUGCCUUGGCCUUCGCCGCCUCGGCUCUCGCCCAGACCGCUGGCUACGCCGUCCUAACCUCCCCCGCGGAGGGUGAGAAGGUUGCCUCUGGCAAGACCUUCACCAUCAAGUGGGAGGCCGGCAAGUACACUGGCCCGGCUACCAUCUCCCUUCUCGGAGGUGACAGCCCCACGACUCUCGUCCCCGGUCCCACCAUCGCAACCGUUGAUGUUGCCGAUGGCUCUUUCGCCUGGAACGUGGACUGCUCUCUCGGAAAGGAGAAGACCUACGGUAUCAAGGUUACCUCGUCCGCCGACAAGGACACCUUCCAGUACUCUUUCCCCUUCGCCAUCUCCGGCCCCUCUUGCAGCUCUGGCGCUGGUGAGUACCCUACUCUCAGCAGCAGCAGCUCCUCGGCCGCUGGAUACCCUACCAGCACUCCGGAAGGUUACCCUACUAGUACCCCCGAGGGCUAUCCUACUAGCACUCCUGAGGGAUACCCGACCAGCACACCCGAGUCGUACCCUACCUCGUCCAUCAGCUCUUCUGCCGGCUACCCCACUUCCAACAGCACCAGUGUGAGCGCACCGAGCUACCCUACCGGAUACCCCUCGGGCAACCUCUCCACCUCUGCCUACCCCACGACCUUGACCAGCACCAGCGUUGCUCAGUACCCAACCGGCAGCGCGACCACCUCUGCGCCGGCCACGAUCCCCACCAGCGGUGCCAACAGCGCCGCUGCGGGUUCCUUGGCCCUCGUCUGCGGUGUCGCCUUCGCCGUCUUGGGCAUGUAAAGUGACCUAAUCGUUCUAUACCCCAGCCGUGGCUCCAUAAAUGGACAUGGUUUUAUUUUGGUUGUUAUGGAAGGACUUGGGAAUUAAUGAGCUUUGUCAGUCGAUCGACUUUUUCGCACUGCUGAAUGGCGUUGGCUGCAUUAUGUGGGCAUCUUAAUGUUGGAUGCGAUGGUAAUUAUUUAAUUAGCCAUCUUGUUUGGCGCCGCUUGUCAAUAGACCUGCUGUCGCAUCCUGAACAUAUAUACCUAUAAAAACUUACUAAUUGCAUCUUUGUCUCUGAUUUUAUGUGCAUUAAUUUAUGGUUGGAUCAGUAUCACCUCGAAGGCAUACUAGGGUUGUCCUGGCAAGUUAUCCGAGAUACUGAUGUUGUGUGAGUGUUGCUUCGCUGGUCAGACAACAUAAGAAACUAUUCAUGUGAUUUUAAGAGGACGACAUUGCUGAUUAUUGUUGUGUAGUUGAAAUAUAUCCAAUUUAGCUGGGAAAGGUGAAGAAAUAUUAAAACAAUCGUCGGAUGUCCGUCCAAAGUUUAAGGUGGCACUUUCUUACUAAACUUCAUGACCAUUGAUAUCAUAUCCCACGUGGCCGCGUGGCCGCGUGGUCAUCUCCAAGGUUAUGCCACA